CUGGCUGAGAGAGAGAGACAGAGGUGAUCCAGGGUGCAACACAGUUUCCACACUCACAGGAAAACUCAGUUUGAGUGAGGAGCUCAUCUUCUGUAGUUGGACCAUUAUCAUCCAACGACAGGAGCUAGAAAAUGGUGUUUGGUAUCCAGAAGCUCAUCCAGGACCACCUGGUGGAGCGAAGAAUCCGCAGAACUCGGCUGGUGACCAAAGAUGGCCGCUGCAACAUUGAAUUUGGCAACGUGAAAUACGGCAACCACUUUGCUUUCCUCGUGGACUUCUGGACGACCUUCGUGGAGUUCCGCUGGCGCUUUGUCCUCUUCUUCUUCAUCACCUCCUUCACCCUGAGCUGGUUCAUCUUCAGCCUGCUGUGGUUCUGGAUUGCCUGGAACAACGGGGAUCUGAAGUGGCAGAACCCCUCAAACGACCACACCCCCUGUGUGUGGAACGUCGUCGGUCUCACUACAGCCUUCCUCUUCUCCCUAGAGACCCAGACCACCAUCGGGUAUGGUGUACGCGCCAUUACCCCUCACUGUCCUGUUGCUGUAGCCCUCAUCAUUAUCCAGACUCUCAUAGGGGCCCUCAUACACUGCUUCAUAUGUGGAGUCAUCGUCUCCAAGAUAUCCCUCCCUAAAAAAAGGGCCAAGACCAUCGCAUUCAGUGAGAUGGCUGUCAUCUGUCCUAAGAAGGACUUCCUUUGCCUCAUAAUAAGAGUGGCCAACUUACGCAAGACCCUGAUGAUCGGGAGCCAAAUCUACGGCAAGCUGUUGAGGACAACCGUCAAACCCGAUGGGGAGACAAUCAUCAUGGACCAGGUGAACAUUGAGUUCAUGAUGGACGCUGGGAAGGACAACCUCUUCUUUGUGUGCCCUCUCACACUCUACCAUGUGAUUGACAAGGCUAGCCCUUUCUUUGACAUGGCAGAGGACACCUUCCAUAAACAGGAGUUUGAGCUGGUGGUCUUUCUGGACGGCACAGCCGAGACCACCAGCUCAGCCUGCCAGGUCAGGACUUCCUUCAUCCCUCAGGAGAUCAUGUGGGGUUACAACUUCCUGCCCAUUAUCUCCCGCAGCAAAGAGGGCAAGUACAGAGUGGACUUCUCCAACUUCUCCAAGGUUGAGGCGGUGACCACUGCACACUGUGCCUACUGCUUCCACAACAUAGUAGGACACCACCUCCCCUCCAUUAAUGGAAUUGACAAUGGUGGAUUUGGAGUGAUUGGUAUCCUAGAAUAACUUAAUAUGAUGUGAACUUUUGGAUGCAAAAUGUAUAAUACGUACAGUUGAAGUUGGA